UGUGGUGUGUGGUUCACGUUUACAAAAGGACUUUAAAGAUGGCGAUGCUGCUUCUCGUUCUCCUGUUGGCGCAACAUAGCAGCACCCAGUGGACGUCGAACAUCCAGAAUUACGUCAUCCUGGCACCAGUGCAGGACAUCGUCUCCGUCCACUCUGAAUGUUACACUCCCCCUGCGCCACUGCUGUUCAUGUCGACAGCCACGUCAUAUAACCAGUCUCGUGCAAGUAUGGUGACAAUGUGUGCUGCUCAAAAUGGGAUCCCGCUCAUCAUACGCACCACACAACAACGAGAUCAAGCCAAGAAUCUUGUGCGAUCCUCCGGUGUGGGAAACAUUUUAUUUGGAUGGUAUGCCUUCCUCUCUGCCCGCGAUGUGCACGCUGCUGAAGAUCCCAUUCGGCCCGACGGAACCAAAGUCGUGGGCUCGGUCUCCACAAAAAGCAACAUCCAAAUUGAGACCAAGUAUGAGAUAGCCACCAUGCUUAGGAAUGACGGGAAUAUUUUCAUCACAAAGGAAAUGAACCCUAACGAAUUGCCUUCCUUGUGUGAAAAAUAUCCAUAAAAAUUUCAGCCGCUGAAAGAGAACGUGUAAUAACGAAAGGAUCUUAAACUCUUCUUCUAUUAGAAUCGAAACAUAAAUCAGUGAAAUACCUCUUUCAUCCUUAAUAAGUAAUUCAAAACCAUACCAUUGUGCAAAUUCACGAAUUUAUGAAAAAAUAAUGCAACAUAUAGAUGUUGGGAUGCUUUCCUCGGUCCGCUAACUCACAUUUACCUCUCUUUUCAUCAAAACGCGUUACGCCACAAAGCGUUGCUUCACAACAUAACUCUGGUCUUUCUGAUACCUUUGCAAAAAAUAAUCACGUUUCAGUUGGUUUUUAAUUUGUGGCUUUGACCUCAUUUGGUACUUCUUCGAAUUAAAAAUAUUUGAUUGAUGUACAACUUGAAUUGAUACGACUUCAUGACGCAUCGUUGGCCAAUGCCUGAAAGUCCUGGAUGCUACAUUACCCUGAUUAACAAGAUAUUUCACAAAACACUUGAAAUAUUUAGUGGAAGAAUGUGAAUAUUUUCGGCGCGCAUUAAACUUACACAUGGAAAUUGUCCUCACGUAUUAACGAUACGUGAACGAUACUGAAUCUGAAGCUUGUUCGCUUUUCGACAGUAACAGUAAAUGUGAAGCUAACAUAUUUUGAUAAGAAAAUCAGGUUCAUUUUACAACACUUCUCUUUAACUUCACUUCUUC